AGACCGAGUGGUUGGCGUCUUCCCUAAACCGAUAUUCACAACGAGUGGCACCAAACCAUUCCUCCUCCUCUCUGCCUUUUUCAAAUCCCAUCAAUUUCAGAUAAACAAUCCCCCCUUACUUUUCCUAAAUCCAAACCCCAAAAACUAUAUAAACAAAACCCCCUUUAUAAUUACCCACAAAUCAAAAACCAAAAUUAAUUUAAACUCCACAGCACUCAUCUCUCUCUCACUCCCACAAGCUCACCCUCAAAGCUCGCCGCCGGCCAUGACUCUCCAGCUCCAAGCUCCGUCGUUCGCCGCCACCAUUUCGUCUCUUGCUUCCCCUCUCAACCGCUCCACCCGCCGCUUCGUAAUUCGAGCUCAAGUUGAGCCAACAGAGAAGUCUGUUGAGAUUAUGAGGAAGUUUUCGGAGCAGUAUGCUCGGAAGUCCGGGACAUACUUCUGUGUUGAUAAGGGAGUCACUUCUGUUGUUAUCAAGGGAUUGGCAGACCACAAAGAUUCAUUGGGUGCUCCACUUUGCCCUUGUCGGCAUUACGAUGACAAACCGGCAGAGGCUGGCCAAGGCUUUUGGAACUGCCCCUGUGUUCCCAUGAGGGAAAGGAAGGAGUGCCACUGCAUGCUCUUUCUCACCCCUGAAAAUGAUUUUGCUGGAAAAGAACAGACAAUCACCUUAGAAGAGAUCAGAGAAUCCACGGCAAACAUGUAAUAAGCAUCAAUGUGUAUUGAGAAUUAUGUAUAAACUACCACUACUGUAUUUGUUACAAGGAAAAGAGUAAAGAGUUCAUGUUUUGAACGUCUCAAACCAGACUAUUUCUGAUC